AUCAAUUUAUCUGGAGGUGGAAUGAAUCCAACGCGAUCAUUCGGGCCUGCGGUUGUCAUGAAUUCUUGGCAGGACCACUGGAUCUACUGGGUUGGCCCGAUGAUAGGAGCUAUUGCGGCAGCGCUGAUCUAUAACUACGUGUUUGCGCAAAGAGUUUACACAAAAAUUGCCAAAACAUCCUACGACCUCAACCAUGACGACGUUAAGGCAAAGAAGAGCGGAUCUGUACAUUCCCAGGAAAAGAUAAAUAUGGAUAUACAGUAGAGAGCACUUCUCCUUGCAUAUUGAAUAUAUUAACUUUUAUGUGGAGCAGCAAUACUUUAAGCAGUGUUUCUCUUUCCCUGUGUUUCCCGUCAAUGAAUAUAUUGCAACAAAAUUUGGCUAAACAUUUGAUAAAGGCAUGCAUGACUGUAAAUAAUUCCUCUUGUUAAACACUUGAUGAACGGAAAACUUGGUAUCAAUAACAAUUCCUUAAAGAAAUGAUGAUUUUUGCAUUUUGUUAACACAAUGAAAGCAAAAUGUAACUGCAAUUCGAAUUGAUCGUUUUCAACCAUUUCCAUGAGAUUAAAAAGAUAAAAGACCGACGGCCAUGUUGGAGGAAUGAACAAUAGAUGCUAAUAAGAAAUCCUUUGUUGAAGUUCCUCCAAGAUGGCCGCUGUGACGCAACUUCAAAACGAAGAAUAGAAGGAUAUUGACUUGGGCUCCAUGUGUGAGCCACGGCCGCAAGGGCCUAUUGGGUAAACGGAUAAAAUGAUAGACGGCAAGGAGAGGCGUUCUCUUGAGUGUGUAAGAACUCUAUUGUAAACAUUUGCACAAACUAAAGGUUCAAGUCUCUUGUGAGUUCAGUCCUAUACCAUUUCAGCAUAAAACACUUUUGCACACAUGUAUGACGCAUGUGUAGUAGA